CACGGAGGCUGAGGCCGUGCGUGCAGCAGGAGGUAAUGGGUCUUUGUGCGAGCAAAGCUCUUGUCUCUGAACAAUAAAGCAUAUGGUACCGGCAAUAAAACACGGGGCUGGGAAAUGUAAGAAGAUUCCACUGAACCAGGAAGAGCGAUGCCUUCCGCGAUGCUGACACGUACUAUAAAAUGAUAAUCGAUUUAUUUUGGAUUCUAAUGAAUAGAGAGCGCCAGGACUGGACUGCGGCUAUUUGAACAGGUACAUGUGAGAACGCUGCAGCUAUGAGUGGAAUCUUAAAGAGGAAGUUUGAAGAUGUGGACGCCUCCUCGCCCUGCUCCUCUGCCCGGGAAUCAGAUGAUGAAGUCUCCAGCAGUGAGAGCGCUGACAGCGGGGACAGCGUCAACCCGUCCACCUCUAAUCACUUCACCCCUUCCUCCAUCCUCAAAAGAGAGAAACGGCUGAGGACGAAGAAUGUGCAUUUCAGCUGUGUCACCGUGUACUACUUCACCAGGAGACAGGGCUUCACCAGCGUGCCCAGCCAGGGGGGCAGCACUCUGGGCAUGUCCAGUCGUCACAACAGCGUGCGCCAGUACACCCUGGGCGAGUUUGCAAGGGAGCAGGAACGGCUGCACCGGGAGAUGCUAAGAGAACACCUCAGGGAGGAGAAGCUCAACUCUCUAAAGCUAAAGAUGACUAAGAACGGCACAGUGGAGUCUGAAGAAGCGAGCACUCUGACAGUCGAUGACAUUUCCGACGAUGAUAUUGAUUUAGACAACACAGAAGUAGACGAAUACUUCUUCCUACAACCCCUGCCCACAAAAAAACGGAGAGCCCUGCUGCGUGCCUCUGGAGUGAAGAAGAUCGACGUGGAAGAAAAACACGAGCUGCGAGCCAUCCGCCUGUCUCGGGAAGACUGUGGCUGCGACUGCAGAGUGUUCUGUGAUCCAGAAACAUGCACCUGCAGCCUGGCAGGCAUUAAGUGUCAGGUGGAUCGGAUGUCUUUCCCGUGCGGCUGCACUAAAGAAGGCUGUAGCAACACAGCAGGUAGAAUUGAAUUUAAUCCUAUCCGUGUCCGGACUCAUUUUUUGCACACAAUCAUGAAACUUGAACUCGAGAAAAAUCGCGAGCAGCAAAUCCCCACGCUGAACGGCUGCCACGGUGAGAUAAGCCCCCACGGAACUUCCAUGGGCCCCGUCGCUCACUCGGUAGAAUACUCCAUCGCAGACAAUUUCGAGAUCGAAACAGAACCCCAGGCUGCCGUGCUGCAUCUGCAGGAGGAGCUGGAUUGCCGCGGAGAGGAGGAGGAAGAGGAGGAGGAUGGAAGCAGCUUCUGCAGCGGAGUCACUGACUCCAGCACACAAAGCCUGGCCCCCAGUGAAUCAGAUGAGGAGGAAGAGGAGGAGGAGGAGGAAGAGGAAGAGGAGGAAGAAGAUGACGAUGAGGACAAGGGAGACGGCUUUGUAGAAGGGCUGGGAGCCCAUGCCGAAGUCGUCCCUCUUCCUUCUGUUCUUUGUUACUCGGAUGGCACCGCAGUUCAUGAAAGCCACACAAAGAACGCUUCGUUCUACGCUAGCUCUUCAACCCUGUACUACCAAAUAGAUAGCCACAUCCCAGGAACUCCUAGCCAGAUCUCUGACAGCUAUUCGGAAAGAGAUACUGUCAAAAAUGGUGCCCUGUCGCUGGUGCCUUACGCCAUGACCCCAGAGCGAUUCGUUGACUAUGCCAGACAAGCGGAAGAGGCCUACGGGGCCUCCCACUACCCAGCUGCCAACCCUUCUGUCAUUGUUUGCUGCCCCACUUCUGAAAAUGAUAGUGGGGUGCCCUGUAACACCUUAUACCCCGAACACAGGCCCAAUCUUCCCCAAGUGGAAUUUCACUCAUACUUGAAAGGCCCUUCCCAGGAAGGGUUCGUCUCCGCAUUGAACGGCGGGGACGGCCACAUUUCCGAGCAUCCAGCGGAGAAUUCUCUGAGCCUUGCCGAAAAGAGCUGCCUGCACGAGGAGUGCAUUAAGUCCCCCGUGGUGGAGACGGUCCCCGUUUAGUUGCUUAGAUUAUUCUAUUAGAGCACCGAGUCUUCUAUUUAAGGCACUGUAUUGCAUUUCCUGGGCUCGUUUGUUUAACCGGAAGAUCAAGAAAAUGUGGACUGUGAUGACCUCCAGACACGAUUUCUUUUUCUCCUUUCUAGCUUCCCAACUCUGGCGUGACACAAAUAAAACACAGUCGCUAUGGGGAUUUUAAACGAUUUUGAACUGUUUUUGAUAGAAAAAUGCUAAAUUUAAAAAAAAAAAACGCAUAUCUCACAGUUGCCUACCUUUCAAACUGGGCGAAACCUGCCGAGCUGUGCAGACCAUAGCUCCACGUCUUAGAUUGUCGGGCCUGUGCAAGAUUGUUAACUAAGACUAGAAAAAUAAUCAGAUUUAGAGACCUAAUUUUCGAUAUAUCUGAAGAUGGUGGUGACUUUUUAAUGUAAAAGUAAUGAUUGUCAGAAAAA